GGUGAAAAGCCGUUUUCAUGUGUGAACUGUGGAAAAUGUUUUAGUCAAAAACAGUAUUUAACUCAGCACAUGAUGAUUCACACAGGUGAAAAGCCGUUUUCAUGUGUGAACUGUGGAAAAUGUUUUAGUCAAAAACACGUUUUAACUCGGCACAUGAUGAUUCACAUUGGUGAAAAGCCGUUUUCAUGUGUGAACUGUGGAAAACGCUUUAGUCAAAAACAGGUUUUAACUCUGCACAUGAUGACUCACACUGGUGAAAAGCCGUUUUCAUGUGUGAACUGUGGAAAAAGUUUUAGUCAAAAACAGCAUUUAACUCGGCACAUGAUGAUUCACACUGGUGAAAAGCCGUUUUCAUGUGUGAACUGUGGAAAAGGUUUUAGUCGAAAACAGCAUUUGACUCUGCACAUGAUGAUUCACACAAGUGAAAAGCCAUUUUCAUGUGUGAACUGUGGAAAAAGUUUUAGUAAAAAAUGUAAUUUAACUCAGCACAUGAUGAUUCACACUGGUGAAAAGCCGUUUUCAUGUGUGAACUGUGGAAAAAGUUUUAGUCAAAAAGCUAAUUUAACUCAGCACAUGAUGAUUCACACAAUUGAAAAGCCGUUUUCAUGUGUGAACUGUGGAAAAAGUUUUAGUCAAAAACUUAGUUUAACUCAGCACAUGAUGAUUCACACUGGUGAAAAGCCGUUUUCAUGUGUGAAUUGUGGAAAAGGUUUUAGUCAAAAACAGCAUUUAACUCAGCACAUGAGGAUUCACACUGGUGAAAAGCCUUUUUCAUGUGUGACCUGUGGAAAAAGUUUUAGUCAAAAACUUAGUUUAACUCAGCACAUGAUGAUUCACACUGGUGAAAAGCCGUUUUCAUGUGUGACCUGUGGAGAAAGUUUUCGUCACAAGGUGAGUUUAAUUCACCACUUGAGGCGUCACACAGGUGAAAAGCAGUAGAAGUAUUUUCCAUACAUGUCCUAUGUUGAGGUUCACUAUAGAACUGAUUUGGUUUAAAACUAGAAUGAAAGACUGGAGGGGUUUCAUGUCUAUAAAGCUGAAAAUUGUUGUAUUUGUUAAAUGUGAUCAUUUGGAUACUUAUAGAUGUGCAACCAUGACACCUUUUCCUUCAGAUAUGUUUUGUUUUUCUGGUAUAUUCUGUAUCAAUAAACAAUAAUGAUAAACUGUA